GUAACUCAUUUAAAAUUUACUUCGAACGACUGUUCGAAUAUUUUUCAAAAAAAAUGCAAUAUAUUUUGACAAAUGCUUCAUUAAAAUGUCAAGUGUCACAUCUUUUUUUCCACAUUCUUCUUACGUAACUAAUAUAUUCCGAUAUCUGAUGCCAUAUUUAGUAAAAAAUAUGCACAAAAAUAAAUUCGCUUGAACAUGUAGCUUGGGUUGGGAAUGAAUAAACGUCGUUUCGUAACCCAUAUAAUAUGCCGUACAUGCUAAUUAUUUCUGCGUUAUUUGUCUUUAAUAACAACAAUUUGUAUAAAUAAUACAUCUUGCGCAUGCCGCAACAUCGAAGGAACGACGCUAUAGCGAACGCGCGUUUCCGCGCGCGAUUUGCAGAGCCGUCGCCGAGUCGGGCACGAGAUACAAUUUUGAUAUAUAAAUAAUACGCGGAAAUGCCCGCGCGUUAUAUCCUAUCUGUACGAAUAAUAAUAUAUUUUUUGGCACUUACUAAUUAAAUCGAGACCUGGGCCAUCUUAAGAAUUAGACGAAUGCGGCGAGUUCAAUUAUUCGAAUCGGGACGGGAGAUCCCGACGAUCCCUCCUUUUCGCUCCUUUUUUCCCGAAUUCCUUACGUGAGACGAUUCGCAACGAAUCUAGGAGAGCGUUCUUUCUCGCCAGGAUGUCCGGAAUAGUUCAGUACGUGGUGGUGCGGGGAGAUCUUUCAAAGACAAUGGGAUGGCCGUUGGGCGCCGUGGUCGCCCAAGCGUGUCACGCGUGUACCGCCGUAACUCAUCUCUUUUAUAAUGACACCCACACGCAGGCCUACCUCGCCGACUUAGACAAUAUGCACAAGGUUGUCCUCGAAGCCGCCGAUGAAGCCAGUCUGCAAACGCUGUGUUCGAAACUGAAAGAGGACGACGUUCAGCACAAGCUGUGGAUAGAACAGCCCGAGAACAUCGCGACGUGCCUGGUAACAAAGCCCUACCCUAAGGACAAGGUGCAAUCGUAUUUCAAGAAGUUUAAAUUGCUCAAGACAUAAAGGAAUAAUAAAUAUUGCUACGAUAAACA